AUGGCUCCCAGAGCCCCUACCUCACGUCUCGGUGGUGCCAAUUCGAGCACAAGAGACAACGAUGACUUCGAGUUUGUACUCCUUCGCCGGUUCUAUCCAGCCAUCCGACCUGUUGUCUUCCACAAGAUCAUCCCGGAACUACAAACCCUAUUCAACAACUACAAGGCUAUGGGUUUGGUCAACGACAAUGACAACCUAGCUAUCGAUAAAAACAAGGACAUGAGUAGCUCGACUUGGGACCUCAAGAUGGCCUUCCAAGCGGUUUAUCUCAAGGCCUAUCCGGCUAUCCAAAAGGCUAUUACCCAUUUGGCCGCCGGCCUCGGUGGACCAGUCAUUAUUGAUGACUAUGCGGCAGAGUGUGUCAAUAUUGCUGCGGGCAUAAGCCAGAAGUACACCGAACGGUACACUGGUAAAAAUCGCAACAUACAGGGAACGAUCAUACCGAUUCAACAAUUGCUGAUUGAGAAAAAAAGCCCUGACACAUUCCCGAAAUUCGGACGCCUCCCGACAGAGCUGAGAUUGAUGAUUUUGAAGUUCGCCGUUCGUGCGGAAGACCGAAUCGUCACAACCAACCAUCUGCGCCGAGUCAAGAAGGCCCCCUGCCCUGUCCUUUUCCUCGUGUGCAGGGAGACCUACAACUGGUCCCAAGAAUUCUACCAGAGAAUCCCGCGAGGAGACCUUUGGAGACCCGCUGUUCCUACCAAUACACCUGUCAGAGGACCAAUCGUUUCCUUCGAGACCGAUAUCAUCGAUAUUGGUGACUGGUAUCGCUGGUGGAAAUUUGGUGGCGGUCGUAAGGAUAGUCAAGUACGAAAGUGUCGCCGCGAAGGUUCACCUCUUCCUCGUACUUUCGCAAGCAUCGAAUCUUUCUCUCAGAGAAACAAAAUUCGCCGAGUCGUUCGAGGACCCACAAGCAACUACCUCAGACUAUCCGAGAUGCUUUUCUACAAGAACGCACGCAAGUCUGCCAUCAAAUAUGUAGACGUGGAUUCUCUUACCAAGUACGACGACUGGUGUUUCCAGUGGGCGAGUGAGUUGGAGGAAGUGUGGUCCUUGGAUUCCACAUACAACGAAGUUACAGAGAUAGAACGACCUCUACGUCUCUGCAGGGUGUUCCCGCCCGUUGGCAACGAACCCUGCCCAUGCAUUCUCUGUGCAAAGUACGACCACUUUGGCCAAGAGAAUGUGCCUUACAUGAAGCCGGCACCCAAAGAUGUCAAGGGACACGAACUUCUGUUCAAUGAGCACGAAGUCCCCGUCCAAUGGCCUAAUGACGUCCCGACUCCCUUUGCCUUGAACCCCAUUAGAAAUUGGGUCCGCUAG